AUGCCGAUCUCAACUCCCGCGAGAAAGUCGAAACGAAUAACUUCAGAAUCCCCCACACCACUCCGCCCCCCGCAUAACGCUAAGUCUAUCGACCACUACCGCUCUGUCCAGGACAUUUCCAGGCGCUUCCCCAGAUAUCCACCUACUUUCCAUUGGACUCGAACAAAGGAGGUUCCACCAGUUCCCACAAGUAUCCGAAACCUUUUUCUGGAUAAGGAAGCUGGGCCGCCAGAAGCCGGCUGGCGGCGAUGGCAGAUUUCUCCCGACCAGUCAAUGUCUCCACUACCAAUGCUGAUUGACAAGCAAAGCAACAGGGUCGCGUACGAACAACAAGUCUGUCCGCCUAAGCCAACUGAUCUUGUCAUACAGAAUGCAACGACGGUCAUGUGGUGUAACGAGCAUUUGAGCUCGGAUAUGCCAAAGGAUGGUAGUCUUUGCUUCAAGAGUUCGAAGACGAGCACAUUCAACAACGUCAUGCUUUUAAGCUUUUACAAGAACCUUGACUCGCUCAAGACUUGCUACCAAUUCUUGGGACGGGAGCUUGAAAUUAAGUUUUGA